GUUUUCCCAGGAUGGGGAACCUCGUUGGUGGUCUAUUAAAUUCGGCAUGAGCUCUGCAUCCUGCUGGAUUUUGAGCGGACGGCAUGUUGGAACCCCUACUCCCAGGGGGACUGCUGCAGUGCCUUUCGAAUAAACCAAUAUCGCGUCGCAGAAGUCAUGGAGUAAGAAUGGUGUAUAAAUAUUACCGGCUCAAGGCGCUUCUGUGCUUUUUUUGAAAACCGGUCCCUCAUCGACACUUGGAAGUCAAGGCGUGCCAACCCGGCAAUAGUUUGUGAUGUCACCUCUCCGGAAUCCGCGCUAUCUCUUUAUCUCUCGUCUCGAAGGAUGGCCGGAGCUCUCUAACUUCAAGUAUGAUGAAUCAGCAACGAUUGAUCUUUGACACCGCUGCACUCAACGGUGGCCUUCUGACAAAGACAUUGUAUCUCUCUGUGGAUCCGUACAUGCGUGGACGCAUGGAGCCAGGGAGAUUCAUGUCCUGGAUUCCAGGCCACCCCUGGAACGGUUUCGGUAUCUGCGAAGUUCUUCGGAGCGAACUGCCUGGGUUCGAGAAGGGGGACCUGUUGCAUGGCGCGAUAUGGGUGGUCGGAUCCGUCGUAUGCCAACUUGCCAAAGCUAUGGGUCUUCGUGUGCUCGGAUCGACCGGCUCCGACCAGAAGGCAUUCAACUACAAGACUGCAUCCGUAGAGGAAGAGAUCGAGAAUUUCGGUGAACUCGACAUUUACUGGGAUAACGUGGGUGGGAAGAUGCUGGAUACGGCAAUGGCGCAUAUGAAAGAAGGAGGGCGGAUUGUCGUAUGUGGCCAAAUCUCGGAGUAUAACAUUCCCGACGAAGAAAAGUAUGGCAUAAAGCAUAUAUGGAAUAUGGUCUACAGAGAGCUCAAGAUGCAGGGCUUGUACGUAUUCACCUUUGAGCAACAAUACGUGGAGGAGUUCUACGCGACCGUGCCCAAGAUGGUGGCGGACGGCAAGUUGAAGUAUACCGAAGACAUCACGGUUGGGCUUGAGCAUGCAGGCGAGGUGCUGUUGAAGUUGCUCCACGGUCAAAACAUUGGCAAGGCUAUUAUCCAAAUGCAAGCGUAA